UUCUUGGAAGAGUCUGGGAUGGUUCUCUAGGUCUCUAGGUUCUCAUAAAAAGGAAUAAAACGCCCUUCGAUUACCUUUAUCUAGCCUCUGUGUCUUCCAUAACCCCACUUCAUGGCUUCAUCAGAUUAUGUCUUUUGAUUGAGUCUCUCUGAUAGUUUCUGGAUUAUACUUCCUCCUUCCUCUUCUAAAUUCAUCAAAAAAUCCCCAAAACAGAGAACUAGAGACUCAGGAUGAACAAGUAGAAGCUGACUGGGAUUAUAGUGCCAUUAGGCAAGUUGGCCAGUGGGCUUCGGCCUUGGGUUCAGAAAUUUGAAUAAUUUGGUGAAAACUUAUCCAUUCUUCACCAGAUUAGCCAAGGUCCUCGGGAUUUUGGGGAGACUGGGAGGGUUAUAAGGCUCUCAUUUGGGAGGGUAACUAGGGAAGAUCUCCUGAAAGAUUACUGAUGCUUGAUAAUUUUUUGAUAAUUUUUAUUGAGUUUGGCAGAUUUUCAGCACAAUUCUAUUAGAAAUAGUGUCAUUGUGCAGAUAAUUUUAGUUAAAAUAAUAGAUUAAUUGCAGACUCAGGCAUGCAAUGAUUCCCAGCUUUUAAUAGAAAGAGAGUAAGUAUUAGAGAUGAGUAUGCUGACAAUAUCGAGAUAACACUCAUCUCUUUUUGAAGUUCUUUCUAGAAAAUAAAUUAUACUUCGAAAUUGUCUAAACUUAACAUGAAAAUCCGGUUGUCCCUAUUUGAGUUUGUAACGAUUUCUUCACCAAAAGCAAUGAGCCAAAUCUAUAAAU